AUGUCAGAUUAUCAAGUCUUUGGUGAUGUCUUGGCAUUCGAUUCCACGUAUCGUUCUAACAAGUACAAGAAGCCACUGGUGGUUUUCUCUGGUUUAAAUCGCCAGAAACAGACAUCCAUAUUAGGUUUUGCGCUACUAGAGGAUGAAGAGAAGCCCUGUGUAGUGGUGACAAAUGGAGACAAGGCAAUACGUUCUGCAAUUGUGGAGGUCAUGUCGACCGCAACACAUAGACUGUGCGGUUGGCACCUAGAGAAGAAUUGCGUCCAAAGGGUGAAGGAUACGGAAUUUCGCAAGGUUUUUAAGAAAGCUCUGUAUGCAAAUUUCGAAAUCGACAACUUUGAGGAGUAUUGGAAGACAUCGGUUGAGUCACUUGGCCUACUUGAUAAUGGCUGGGUUCAGAGCACAUACGAAACCAGAGAAAGCUAG